CCCGGCCACUUGCCUAUACAGAGCCCUAGCCCGUCUUCUACACACCUACCGGCAUCCAUCACGCAGCCAUGGCCGUCCCGGAAACGACAUCACGGGUGGCAGAGGCACAGAAGCUGGCCAAGUCGGAUCCCUCCAAGGCCGAGCAGAUCUACCAGGACGUUCUCUCACAAAACCCCGGCUCCAAUGAGGCCGCCAUCAAGAACUAUGAGACGGCUCUGGUCGGGCUCGGCGAGCUCUACCGCGACCAGAACAAGGUGGAUGCGCUUGCGGAGCUGGUGAAGCAGGCGCGGUCAGUAAUGUCCUCGUUUGCGAAAGCGAAGACAUCCAAAUUGGUGAGGCAGUUGCUCGACCUCUUUACCACGAUACCGAACACCGCCGACAUCCAGAUCGCCGUCACCAAGUCAUGCAUAGAGUGGGCCGUCUCCGAGCGGAGAGGCUUCCUACGGCAAAACCUCGAGACCAGACUGGUCGCCCUGUACAUGCAGAAGCAGUCCUACUACGAUGCUCUGACGCUCAUCAACAGUCUGCUGAAGGAGUUGAAGCGCUUGGACGACAAGCUGGUCUUGGUCGAGGUGCAGCUGCUGGAAUCGAGGGUCUACCACGCACUGGGCAACAUACCCAAGGGCCGUGCCGCUCUCACGUCCGCGCGCACAUCGGCUGCUUCCGUUUACACGCCGCCCUUGUUGCAGGCCGGACUGGACAUGCAGAGUGGUAUGCUUCACGCUGAGGAUGGCGACUUCAACACAGCCUUCUCCUACUUCAUCGAAGCCAUGGAAGGAUACCACUCGCAGGACGAGGACCAGAAAGCAACGUCGGCAUUGCAGUACAUGCUGCUCUGCAAGAUCAUGCUCAACCUUGGAGAUGACGUAACAUCGCUCAUGACCUCGAAACACGCCGUCAAGUACGCCGGCAAGCGAUUAGAAGCCAUGAAGGCCGUUGCGCGAGCACACACCAACCGCAGUCUAGAGGAGUACGAGACCGCCCUGACCGACUACCGCCAACAGCUUGGUAGCGAUCGAUUCAUCACAUCCCACCUUCGCCGCUUGUACGACAACAUGUUGGAGCAGAACCUUAUCAAGGUCAUCGAGCCCUUUAGCAGGGUCGAGAUUGAUCACGUUGCCAAGAUGGUUGGACUGGACACGGUACAAGUCGAGCGAAAGCUCUCUCAGAUGAUUCUGGACAAGGUCAUCAUCGGAGUCUUGGACCAGGGCGCAGGGUGCCUGAUCGUAUACGACGAGUCGGAACGUGAUCAAGGCUACGAUGCCGCGCUCAGCACUCUUGAGAAGCUCAGCAAUGUUGUUGACGUGCUUUACACCAACCAGGCAUCUCUUUUGGAGUAAAAUCUAAGUGAUGAAAGGUGCAAGUGGAAGAGGCUGGCCUGAGCGAAUCCGAACGCUAUGUAAAAUAGAAACAUAGAAUGUCAGGCAUGCUGCGCGUUUAGUGUAGCUCGCUAAUAAUGAUACAUGAUUUGCAAUAGCACUCAGC